AGAGGGGAGGAGGUGUGAGAUUUAAGUCGUUUAGAAAUGAAAACAAUAAAAGGAGAACAGUAAUGUUUCAGAAAAGCGAGGGAGAGUUAGCUCUGCUGUGUGGGAGUAGUCUGUUGAUGACAUCAUCAGCCCCGCCCCCCGCCCUCUGAAUAUAAGUAUAUAAAUUCUUGCUUCAGCUGGAACUCUUGCUCCUUCUCUUCAUCUCCAUCUGCAGUUUCUCCAUCACCUUCAUCCUCUGGGUUUCCUGGACAUGCGAGGAGAUGACCCGUGUUCUCCUGAGACUCGUCCUGGUUCUCCUGCUGCCGCUGCCGCCACAGAUGUCUGGACUCCUGAGCAGCAGAGUUCGUCGUCCAAACAUCAAAGUCUGGAUCAACGUCACAGGUGACACCGUCAUGAUGAAGUUUCUCCGUCCAAAUGCCGACAUGAAGCUGGAAGGUUACGUCCUGGGCUACGGCAGCAGCAUUUUCUCCAAACAGUUCAUCCAACUACCGGAGAAUGGAGAACCUUACAGCACCGAGCUGAAGGCGGAGCCUAAAUACCUCAUAGCCGUGCAGCCAAUCCCAGUCAACAACAUAAAGAAACACUGCAAAGGUACCACUCAUCACUUCCUGUCAGCCUCCGAGCACUUCCUGUUAGCCUCAAUCAACACUUCCUGUUCGCUCAUGUCCUCAGGGAAAGUGAACCUGCAGGAGCCUCUGCACCUGGUCAUCGGUUCUGUCACUCCCACAACAGUUCUUCUGUCCUGGGGAAACACCCUGAAGACGUCAUAUGAAGGGAAUGUGAUGAAGGAGUGUCUGGAGGAAGGGUUCUACACUGUCAGGUAUCGGGAGAGGAACAGGAAGUGGAACUAUCGUACAUGUCCAACCACUGACACUGUCAUCGACCACCUGAAACCCAACACUCCCUAUGAGUUCAGCGUUCAGUCGAACACGGGUCAGCGGAGCGGCGCCUGGAGUAAAAGCCUGAUCCACAGCACCGACACUGACGAUAAAAAACCACACAAGACAUUUGGACUCUUAAACGCACUGAAUCCUUCUGGACCUCAGGAUGUCUUCCCUCCUCGUCUUGCUCUGCACAACAGAACACACACCAGGAAUCUUCCUCCGCCGAGGAAAGUGCACACUCUGACAGUAAAGGGACAUCCACAAGGGGGCGCUGGGUCCCCACUCAGACCCAUCUCGUGGCAGAAGCAAAGACUUGGUUCCUCAGGUUCUCCUGCUCGUCCUCUGGUCCUCAAUAAGAAACUGAACCUGGUGAAGACACUGGGACAGUCAGAGACGGGGGCAAACUUCAAACUGAAGGACUCGUUUCCUGUCCUCAAACCUAAAGCCCCGCCCACUGCCGCCAGAGCCACUAAGCAGCAGCCGAAGACCACCGUGACCACGCCUACCAGUAGAGGCACAAGUCAUGCCACGCCCACUAGUGCCCCCGCACCACACCAGGAGACCUGGGAGGAAUCAGAACUGUUUCAGUCCCAGCCCACGUCUGACCUGGACGCCUCAGGGAAGAAGCGUUACGUCGCUCCUCAUGUCAUAUAUCAGACGGGAAAACGACCGGAUGAGCCGUGCUCCAUCACCUCCUCCCUUGCUUACUUCCCCGAAGACAAAAGCAGCAGUGCUAAUGUAGCGGCUCUGCCUGAAGCCCCGCCCUCUAACCUGACGGUGGUUACAGUGGAAGGAUGUCCGUCGUUUGUCAUCCUGGACUGGGACAAAACAGACAACAGCACAACUGAGUACGAAGUCAUCUCCACGGCCAAAGGACCCGACGGCGAGAAGGUUUCCAUACUCACCACCAACCAGACUCACACCGCUGUGGAAAACCUGAAACCUGAGAGUAGUUACGAGUUUAAGGUGAAGCCAAAGAAUGAGUUGGGGGCGGGGCCAGCUAGCCAGCCCGUGUCCUUCAACACUGAAUCAGCUGACCCCCGUGUGAGUGAAAAUGCUUCUGGAAAAGACGCUAUCUGGACACAGUUCCCCUUUAAGACCGACUCGUACUCGGACUGUCAUGGAAAACAGUACAUCAAACGGACCUGGUACCGGAAGUUUGUAGGAGUCCAACUGUGUAACUCCCUCCGAUACAAGAUUUACUUAAGCGACACGUUAAACGGUAAAUUCUACAACAUUGGAGACCAGUCUGGUUUUGGAGAAGACCACUGUCAGUUUGUGGACUCAUUUUUGGAGGGAAAAACGGGCCGACAGCUCCAGACUGACCAGCUGCCGUCUCGACCAGGUUUUUAUCGCGCCGUCCGCCAGGAACCGGUUCACUUUGGAAAGAUUGGAGGACACUCUCACACAAACUAUGUCUCCUGGUAUGAGUGCGGAAUACCGAUUCCUGGGAAGUGGUGAAGGGAGCGCUGUCUUCAGAUGGAAUGUGACAGACACGCUCCACCUUUUUUACACCGUGCUGUAAAAACAUGGAAAACUCCAUUCAGGAACACUGAGGUUAUGAUUCCUGUGUGCAGCCGAAGGCAGCAGCAAACAUUUCAUUUAUGUAAAUAGAAGCUGCCGCUCGCUGUUACUCGCCACCACCAAGGGGGCAGCACAUUUACUUGUUACCUGUAAAAAAAAAAGGUGACCCUGGGACUGCGACAAAAUGUAUUUUGGUGAACAGAAUCUAAUGUAAUCAUUUUAAUUGGAUUCUAAAAGUAGAGUUGUUGUCAGUCUACUCUCGUUGUUGCCCCCUGUGGGAUGGAUGGUGUUGCCUGCUCUGUCCUCAACCUCACGCACAAUCAAACUUGCGUUUUGCACAGAUAUGAAACAGAAUUUUUUUUGGAAGCAGAUUUUUAUCAUUAGCUAUUUAAUGAUACAGCCAAGUUUAAGAUCAGCUAGCCCUCUGUUGGCCUACUUUCUGGACCAUGUUUGGGAUCUAGACUGUGGGACAUUUAUCUGGCCAAUCUGGAGUGUUAUGUUCACUCCAUUUCUGUUGUCUUACCUCUUGCCAGAUAAUUCCUUCUGGUCUGACUCUAGUCUUCUGGUCCUGUCUUUGAAUAUCUAAAAUGUGGUCCAAGUUGUGGUAGCCCCUUUGUCUUAGGGGUUUUGUCCUUCUGGUCCCACACGUUUUUCUUUCCCUCUCUUUCCAGAAUGUCUGGUCUGAUGUUAGUCUUUAGUUCAGGCUUUAGUCCAGAUGUAGCCCCCAGCAGAUGUGGUACUUUUAAAACUACAUCAUUAGUAUUAAUGUUUUCUGUAAUAAAUGUGUUUUUCUGUGUCUGUUUAAUUGUGUGUGCAUUAUAUGAAAAAUAAAUGAAUCAUUUCAAAUAAUUACUG